UGGUAGCACUGCCCGUGAGUAACGGAAUCUACAACCGUACGAGCGCGCGCGCGUGUGUGUGUGUUUUGUGUGCGCGUUCAUCUAUUCGUACAGUUGUGCUCUGUGAACGGAGGCCCUUGUGCGUGCGCCACAUUCUUCUCGUCGUCCGUCAGGGAAAAGGAAUAGAUUUUCUUUUUUCCGCGGCAUUUGCCCCUACGACUCGACGGUACUGUAAGCGGGUGACGCAAAUCAUCCAGCCACGGUAGAAGCAAAAGAGGAUUUGUCGCAGCCAACCCUUUCGAGUGGAGAGCGAAAAGUGCACCCCCUUCCCCUCCCCUCCUUAUACCCGCAAGAGCACACGGGUUGAAGAAAAAAGCGGAAGAAGCGCACACAGCGGAGCAGGGAGCGAAGCAGAGAAGAAGCAAAAAAAACCCCAGCCAGCCAUCAUUUGGGGCGAUACGCGCGCGUCAGUGUGUGUGUGAGUGCGCGCGCGAGCUAGUGUGUGUGUGUGUGUGUGUUUGCACCGUGUUUUUCUUCGCUCGAUUUUAACUACAGCGCAAACGGGCGAGAGACGACGUCGUCAAACCGCUGGGGCUUGUACGAUCGCAGUAGUCGCGGCAACAACAGGAGAGCAGCCGCCCUUAAUAAGAGCAUCGGUCAGCGAGUUGCUGCUGCUGGCUGCUGUACUAGCGAAGUAAAGAGGAGCCUUGGAAUCGAAGGCAGAAGGAGGAAACGUCCCAAGCCCAAGCCAAUUUUGAUUCCCGCAGUGUGAAAAAGAAAACGGUGUCCGGAAGGAAAGGCUCCCCCAAAUACCACACAUAACACACACGCACACAUCCGUCGUCUGGAAAACGUCGUCGUCGUCGUCUUCAUCCCCGGUGUGUGCUCUACCCCCGCUCCCCCACUACCACACUCCAUCCACAACGUCAACUGUCCGUCAUCAUUGAGCGUAGCUGAGCAGCGCGAAUCGAUCCAAAAUGUCGGACGUAGAGUUAUCAAACAUAGACCACCUCAUUGCGAUGCUUUUAGAAGUUCGCGGUGCAAGGCCAGGGAAAAAUGUACAACUGUCGGAAACGGAUAUACGUCUGCUAUGCCUGAAGUCGAGGGAAAUCUUUCUCUCCCAACCGAUACUGCUCGAGCUGGAGGCACCGUUAAAAAUCUGCGGUGACAUCCAUGGUCAGUAUUAUGACUUGCUGCGUUUGUUCGAGUACGGCAGCUUCCCGCCCGAGUCGAACUAUCUGUUCCUGGGCGAUUACGUCGACCGGGGAAAGCAGUCGCUCGAGACGAUCUGCCUGCUGCUGGCGUACAAAAUCAAGUAUCCGGAGAACUUCUUCUUGCUGCGCGGCAAUCAUGAGUGCGCCAGUAUCAAUAGAAUAUACGGAUUCUACGAUGAGUGCAAGCGGCGCUACAACAUCAAGAUGUGGAAAACGUUCACCGACUGCUUCAACUGUCUGCCGGUGGCCGCGAUCGUGGAUGAGAAGAUUUUCUGCUGCCACGGCGGCCUCAGCCCGGACCUGCAGUCGAUGGAACAGAUCCGGCGCAUCAUGCGACCCACAGACGUGCCGGACCAGGGCCUGCUGUGCGAUCUGCUGUGGUCCGAUCCGGACAAGGACACGAACGGCUACGGCGAGAACGAUCGUGGCGUCAGCUUCACGUUCGGUGUGGAUAUCGUGGGCAAGUUUCUUACCAAGCAUGACUUCGAUCUAAUCUGUCGAGCGCAUCAGGUGGUUGAGGACGGGUACGAGUUCUUUGCCAAGCGGCAGCUGGUAACCCUCUUCUCUGCUCCCAACUAUUGUGGAGAGUUCGAUAAUGCCGGUGCAAUGAUGUCCGUCGACGAUACGUUGAUGUGCUCGUUCCAAAUCCUGAAGCCAGCCGAUAAACGUGGCUUUCAGAAGCUCAUCAAAAGCAGCAAAUUUUAGGCGGCAGCAUAUAAUGGUGUGGUGCGUGAGGAGGUAAACAUAUCAUGCAAAGACGCAGGACCAUCAUCAACAACUUCAUCGCCAAUCAUCAACCCCCAAAUCCCACUGCACAUAGAAAAUGGAAAAGCAAAUGGGACAGAAGAGAGUGCGUGUGGACACACGGCCCAAUGAACAAUCAGCAGCAGCGGGCCAGCAGUGUAUCGGGAGCAACACGAGUCACAACAAAUUGGUGGGGGUAUGGUACCUUGUUUAGGUUUAGAGGCGAAAAGCCCUACUACUACCACCAGCCUCUCCUCCAUUGAAUAUCUUCUCCCCCGCGGGCCUGUGUGCUGGAGCCAAAUGUUGUGAUUCCUUGCGGUUGCGUUCGAAAAUACCACCAUCAUCCCACACACACACGAAUCAAACACCGACUCGAAAACACUUACCUACCCCACACAAAACACAUCGCAACCAAAAGAAGCAAGAAGCAGAGAAAGCUCUAUCGGAUUUUUGUGCCAAAUGAUAACAACGUGGCAAAAAAAGCAAGAAGAAGAAGAAGAAGCGUUCUACGGCGGCCAACAAUGAACAACAACGAAUGCGGCACCACCACCAUCUCACAACAGCAACAACAACAACAACAACAGCACCACAACACCCUCCCAACCUGCGUUGUGUUAAUAUGAUUUCUCAAGUUCUGAUUUUGUGAGUAUCUUUUUGACCCCGUUUUUUUGUUCGUUUGUUACCGGAGCCACGGUUUCCACCUACCUUCAUUUCUUUAUGCGCUUUUUUCCUCCCCCGUAUGCCUAUUUUUCCUGUUUUUCUAUUUCUCUUCUAUUUCUCUGUUGUUGUUGUUGUUGUUAAACGAACACCAAAUCUCUCUCAAGUGUGUGUGUGUGCGCUCUGUUGUUGUUGUUGUUGUUGCUGUGAUGUGUGUGGUGGAUGUUUAGUUGGUUGUUGGCGCGGUUGUUGUUCAUAACAUUCUAUCAGUUUGCCGCUGUUGUUUUACGAUAAAACCAAUCAAUCCGUCUUUCAGAUUGUUAUUGCGCAAUCCCGUUUGUGUGAUCCUUCCUUUGUCUGCGAGGCGUUGUGUGCUACUCAAAUCGACAAGAAGUAGCGUUGUUAUUUCUAAUUUUCUAUUUUGUUUGUUGUAUUUUUCAUUGUUUUUAAUUCACCUCUACCGGUGUUUCUUUACUUAUAUAUUUUAUACCUUCUCUUCUUUCUUUUUCUUUGUUUGUUACACUACUUUUUCGUCUUCUUUUUGUAAAUAUUUCCUACAAUUUUGAUCGUUCUACUUUACAUUCAGGUUUUAUUCGUUUUCUUUAUCGAGUUUUAUAUUCUUCGAAUUUUUUAUACAUUUUCUUAGAUUUUUCUUUGUUCGUUAUACUACUUUUUCGUCUUUCUUUUGUAAAUAUUUCCUGAAAUUUUGAACGUUCUACUUUACAUUCAGGUUUUAUUCGUUUUCUUUAUCGAGUUUUAUAUUAUUUAAGAUUUUUUGUAUACAUUUUCUUAAAUAAUUCUUUGUUCGUUAUACUACUUUUUCGUCUUUCUUUUGUAAAUACUUCCUGCAAUUUUGAUCGUUCUUCUUUACCUUCAGGUUUUUUCGUUUUAUUUAUCGAGUUUUAUAUUCUUCGAAUUUUUUUCAUAGAUUUUCUUAAAUUUUCGUAUUUUUUAUUGACUGUUUGAAUUGAUUUCAAAACCUUCCAAAAACACCCCCCUUUACUUCUCAUCUCUAAAGAACUUCCUGACCUUGUCAUGUCACAAUCCCUUCCAAUGCUCUGCCAGCAGUGACUUUGUUCUUCUCCUCGUUCGUUCUCUCGUUGAAGCAUUUUAUUCCCAUCUACUAAUAAUUGCGUAUGUACGAUUACUGCGUACCUCCUCUUCUACUUCUACUCCUCUCUCCCUUCUUCCGGGUGCGUGGACAAUGGUUCCAAUAUCACAGCUGAAGGUUAACAUCGUUGUUGGUUGCUGUUGCUGUGUUUGUCGCGUCCCCAGCCACUUCUCCCUUUUCUUAUCGAUCCCCUGUUUUGUGUGUCUGUGUGUGUGUGUGCCGUGUAUUGCUUUCGUGUUCUUCUACACCCUUCUUGCCAUCAGCAAAUUCCAACACUCUGUGAAGCUGCUCCUGCUAUGUGCGUGUAUGUGUGUUUUAGUGUGAAAAUUCUCCCGCUGUUUUUUUCUUCCAACCUUUUUCCGCGCUGCUGCUGCUGCUGUGCUUCCAUGCUAAAUGAGCCCAACACAAAAAUCAAUUUCCCAUAUUACACAUCGCCAUUCCUAUCUUGCAGCAACCUAUACUGCGCAAAAGGGUACCAGCGGCGGUGGAUUUAAGAUGCAGCAAUACUUGGGGCCAAAUGUACCUUUAUGGACCUGUCUUAUGAUUUUGGGGUCACCGCCACCACCACCACCACCACCAGCACUACCACCACCACCCCAAUCACCAUCGUCAUGUUUUGCCGCAUGUUUUAGUGUACGAACUUGUUGGUUAGCAUUUUUUGGCACCGUCUGUGAAAUUUUACUUCCAAAUUUAAUGCAAGCGAUCCUUUUCGAAUAUUAAAUUCCCUUUUUUAGGCACUAUUUGGACGAAUUGUUGUUUUCUAAAAGUAGCAGUUACGGAUUAAAGUAUUAAUAACUCACUACAAAA